AUGGGUUUUAGUGAUCUUGGUUUGAUUCCUGAGUUAUGUUCAGUAUGUAGACGAGUCAAGUGGUCAUAUCCCACACAAAUACAGUCAGCAGCAAUACCUCCCGCUCUCGAAGGAAAGGAUAUUGUUGGAAUCGCAGAGACAGGAUCUGGAAAAACAGGUGCAUUUCUUCUUCCAAUAAUUCAACACUGGAUCAAAUCAGGUCAGCCUGUUGGUUUCGCGCUUAUAUUAGCACCAACACGAGAAUUAGCUCAACAAUUAGCCAAUGAAGCAGAACACCUGGGACAGUAUAAAGGCGAUGGCAUGGAAUUCCGCUUACAAGUUAUUCGACUUGUCGGUGGUGAAGAUAUUGUUGAUCAAGCUUUAAAAUUAGCCUGGAGAAAACAUCACAUUAUUGUUGCUACUCCAGGACGUCUAGUUGAUCAUUUAAAACAAUCGCCAAAUUUCGCUGCUCAUCAACUGUCAACAAUUCGUCAUUUUGUCCUAGAUGAAGCAGAUCAAUCCAAUGAACAACAUAACGGUAAUACUUCAACAAACAAUUUUAAAGCAUCAACAAAUCCUGUCAAGGCGAAAUAUCCACAUCCACAGACGUAUUUAUAUUCAGCAACAAUGACAAAAGAUGUUGUCAAGUUACACCGUGCUGCACUUUCAUCAAACGCCGUUUUUAUCAGUUCAAAUGAUCCGUUACAAAAAGCAGAAGAGCAAGGUGGAGGUGAAAAAGUCAACUCUACUGAGAAGAUCAAUCCCACUGAUCAGUUGCAAUCAUCCACAGCCACCCCUGCUGCUGCUGCUAACAGUAUUGAUACAAUGAUAAAAUGUUUGAAAACUGGUUUCCCAGCUGGUUUAUCACAUUAUUGCCUGCCUAUCCGAUUGACAGAUCGUGCAACUAUGCUUGACUGGAUUGUAGAAAGUGUAACACGAACAAAUGUUUUAGAAAAGUUAGGUAUUUCAGCGGAUGAUAACAGUGAUACAUCCAGUCAACAGAAUCAUCAUCGUAUUAUGAUAUUUUGUAAACGGUGUCAUGAUACUGUACUGGUCUCAGAAUUUCUCCAUGAACGUGGUCAUUCUACAGUUGCAUUAACUGGUCGUUUGAAACAAAGUGAACGUAAAGAAUCAUUAAAUAAAUUUGUAUCAGGUGAAGUACAAAUCUUAGUGGCAACAGAUGUUGCUAGUCGGGGACUAGACAUUCCUAAUGUGGAAUUUGUUAUCAACUACAAUGUACCAUUAUCUGAGAAAACGUAUAGACAUCGUGUUGGUAGAACUGCACGUGCUGGUCAGAAAGGAAUAGCUCUAACCAUAGUCACACGUGAUGUAGCACCCGUGUUUCUAGAAUUAGAGGCAUCUCUAUUACCAUAUCUACCAAAAUCUAAGGCUGAAGUCAGUAGCUCUUCUCCUGGAAUACCUCGUUGGCCAAUUCCAGUUCCUGAUUUAAACGGUCGUGAUAGUAUACUUGUCCGUCGGCGGUUAGCUGAUCAAGCUUGGUCUCGAGCUUCAAAAACGAUUAGAGCGCAGAUGGCAAGUCAAAAACCUGUUGACAAUGAUGAUCUCCCUAAUUUAGAUUUACCAAUCGAUGAAGACAUACUUCAAGAGUAUGCUAAUUCAGAUAACAGUAAUGAUGCUGAAAGUGAUGACGAUAGUGACAAUAAUGGAAAGCGCUCAUCGUCAUCAACAUCCACUGAUAGUGACGGUGAUAAUGACGCGUCAUCUGUAGAAAAACAGCCGUCAAAGCGUAAAUUGCCUAAAACUCCGGGAAACUUCAAGCUGAAAACAUCUGGUGAAGCUGGAAUAGCAGCUGCACGUAAAACAUGGAAGUGCAUAGCAAAUUUGAAUCAACAACAGAAGAAGGAGCAAGCUGAGCUGGAAGAGACGCAUCGUGUUAGCAAAUCAAUUGGAUGGGGUUUUACAUUUACAAAUAAGGAUAAUGAUGAAACAAUGAACGAUAAUGAUGAUAAUAAUAUGCAUAACGAUGAAAUGAGCGAUGAUGAAGACGACAAUGAGGCAGUUCGUUAUGAACAACCAAUGAAGACAAAAUAUGCCAAGAUUCAAGCAUCCAAGAAAGCAAAGAAAAAUAAACAAAAUAAGAAAUUCUAUGCAUAA